AGAUCCUCCCCCUAUCUGCGCGAGCCUUCUUCUUCCUCUUUCCUUGAUAUUCCUGCGAAACUCAGCGAUCUCGCACGAUGGAGAAGAACAGCUCCCUUCCACGGCCCGUGCAUGCGCCUGCCAGGCGGGCGUCCCGACAUCCAACGAUAUUCCUCGGUAUCCUCUUGGCCCUCGCAACUACCCUCUAUUUUGGACCGACGUAUGAAGCUGUCAAGUCUAGAUGUCAUUCAGCCAUUUCAUCGAGCCAUGCAAAAGACAGCCUUGAUUCUGUCAAAUGGAGUCAAGAUCAGUUGAAGGAGUACUCCAAAUGUCCAGUCCAGCCAAAGCCAUUGCACCCGAAGAUGACUUGGGAGAUGACCUCUGAAGAAAAGGAGAGAUCGAUCAAGCUGUACUCCGAGGCCGUGCAGAUUCCAACCCAGAGCUACGAUGAUAACGGAGAGCCUGGAGAGGACGAGCGAUGGGCGCCGUUCUUUGACUUUCAAAAAUGGCUCAAUACAACGUUCCCUUUGGCCACACAAACGGCUCGUAUCGAGUACAUCAACAAGCUCGGCAUUCUGGCAACAUUCGAAGGCUCAGACCCCUCCCUCAAGCCUUUGCUUCUCAUGUCCCACUAUGAUGUCGUUCCGGCCCCUCCGUCAACGUACGAUCGUUGGACUUAUCCCCCAUUCAGCGGACAUAUCGAUGACGAAUUCGUAUGGGGGAGAGGUGCAGCCGAUGACAAGACGCUGCUCGUGGCUCAAUGGGAAUCCAUCACCCACUUGCUUGAGAAUGGGUUUAAACCCAGGCGGACACUCAUUCUGUCCCACGGCUUUGACGAAGAAGAAGUAUUUGCUCGACGUGGUCAAGGUCACAUCGCCCCUUUCCUCGAAGAGAGAUACGGCAACGACGGUCUUUUGAUGGUUAUCGAUGAGGGCUCGGGAGCCAGCGACGAUUUCUAUGGCGGUGCCUUUGCGCUCCCUGCAAUGGGAGAGAAAGGAUACAUGGACAUCGAGAUCUCGGUAGGAACUGCUGGCGGACAUUCCUCCGUUCCUCCAACGCACACUGGCAUCGGUAUCAUGUCGCAGAUCGUACUUGGACUGGAGGAUCAUCCCUUCUCCGAAAAGCUCACCCCCGCCACUCCAAUGCUUCAGGCUUUGAUGUGCGCCAAGGAUCACGCACCUUCCUUCCCACACGAGUACUCCAAGCUUCUAAAGAAGGAAGGACCAAAGUCAUAUCCCAAGUUGGCCCAGACUCUGUCAUCAGAAUCCCUAUUCAACAAAGCCAUGCUCGGUACCACUACUGCCGUGGACGUUUUCCACGGUGGAGUGAAAGUCAAUGCGCUCCCAGAGCUUGUCAAGGCGCAAGUCAACUUCCGGAUCGACUUCACCGAGUCUAUUCAGUCGACCAAAGAUCACGUCGCGAGGAUCCUGAAACGAGUAGCUAAGAAGAACAGCUUGCAGCUCUCUGCUUGGGAAGGCAAAGAUGGGGACAAGGAUCUCGGCGGACGAUAUAUCAAAGUCGAGCUCAUCGGCAAAGCCUUGGAGCCAGCACCAAGAACGCCGAGUAGCGGUGGUGUCUGGGAGCUCUUCGCCGGAACAGUCAAAUCUGCAUUGCCUGCGCCCGAUGGAUCUGAACGUAUCGUUACGCCUUACCAUUCUACUGGGAACACGGACUGCAAGAUGUACUAUAAUCUUACCAAGCACGUCUAUCGCUUCAUGGGCUCCUCGGGUGGCAAGUCUGGAAAUGCUCACACUGUUGACGAACGUGCUUCGAUUGCAUCGCACUUCCAAAUUAUCAGCUGGAUCCACGCGAUCAUCCAGAACGCUGACGCGUACGAUGGAGAGCAAUGAGAGAGAGGAGAGAAGAAUUGGGACAUUCUGAAAUCAAGACCAUGCACACA